CCCGGAGGCCGCCCCGCGCGCUCCGGCCCCGCCGUGCGCCUGAACCCCGCGCCGCGCGAGAAGACAGCGCGCACAGAUCGCCGCCCAAGUUACAGAGGUGGCGACCGAGUGAGAAGGAAAAGCCACUUCAGGAGCCGGGUUGCCAGGGGGCGACCGCCCCGCCGGAGCUCCAGACCCCGACCGGAAGUCGAAGGCCGCAGCGAUGCCAGACUCUCCAGCUGAGGUGAAAACGCAGCCCCGGUCCACGCCCCCCAGCAUGCCACCCCCACCACCUGCAGCAUCCCAGGGAGCCACACGACCACCCUCCUUCACACCUCACACACGAACAGAGUGGAAGAUGUGCAGCGUACUGGGCACAGCUGCUGCCAGAGGCCCAGGAUUCUGCCAUCAUAAACAUCAUCAUUUGGGUCAUCGCUGUCAUUGCUGCCCUGUGUGCUCCUGGUCAGCGUGUGACUGUCGUGCCUUGUCCUCACACCACCCUCCUCCCGCAGUGAUGAACGGCAGCAGCCACUCACCCACGGCCAUCCAUGGCGCCCCGUCCACGCCCAACGGCUUCAGCAAUGGCCCAGCCACCUCAUCCACGGCCUCACUGUCCACACAGCACCUGCCCCCGGCUUGCGGGGCUCGACAACUCAGCAAGCUCAAGCGUUUCCUCACUACCCUGCAGCAGUUCGGCAGCGACAUCUCACCUGAGAUCGGGGAGCGCGUGCGCACACUAGUGCUGGGGCUGGUGAACUCAACUCUGACCAUCGAGGAAUUUCAUUCCAAGCUCCAAGAAGCCACCAACUUCCCGCUGCGGCCGUUCGUCAUCCCCUUCCUAAAGGCUAAUCUGCCACUGCUGCAGAGAGAGCUCCUGCACUGUGCCCGCCUGGCCAAGCAGACGCCUGCCCAGUACCUGGCCCAGCACGAGCAGCUACUGCUGGAUGCCAGCGCCGCCUCCCCAGUCGACUCCUCUGAACUCCUGCUGGAAGUCAACGAGAACGGCAAGAGGAGGACGCCCGACAGGACCAAAGAGAAUGGGUCAGAUCGGGACCCCCUGCACCCGGAACACCUCAGCAAGCGGCCCUGCACCCUGAGCCCCGCCCAGCGCUGCAGUCCCAGCAACGGGUUGCCCCAUCCCACACCACCCCCACCCCCACACUACCGCCUAGAGGACAUGGCCAUGGCUCAUCACUUCCGCGACUCCUACCGACACCCUGAUCCACGGGAGCUCCGGGAGCGCCAUCGGCAGCUCGCCAUGCCUGGGUCUCGGCAAGAAGAAGUGAUUGACCACAGGCUCACGGAACGUGAGUGGGCAGAGGAGUGGAAGCACCUCAACAGCCUCCUGAAUUGCAUCAUGGACAUGGUGGAGAAGACACGGCGGUCACUUACUGUGCUGCGCCGAUGCCAGGAGGCUGACCGAGAGGAGCUCAACCACUGGAUCCGGCGCUACAGCGAUUCCGAGGACGGGAAGAAGGGCCCCACGCCUGCCUCGGCACGGUCCCUCAACAGCUGCAGUGGCCCUGAGGGGUCUCAGCUAGAUGUCCACCGGGAGUUCAUGCCCAGGACCCUCUCUGGCUAUAUGCCCGAGGAGAUCUGGAGGAAGGCUGAAGAAGCCGUGAAUGAGGUGAAGCGCCAGGCAAUGUCAGAGCUACAGAAAGCUGUGUCUGACGCGGAGCGCAAAGCCCAUGAACUCAUCAACACAGAGCGCGCCAAGAUGGAACGGGCCCUGGCCGAGGCCAAGCGGCAGGCCUCCGAAGAUGCCCUGACUGUCAUCAACCAGCAAGAGGACUCCAGCGAGAGCUGCUGGAACUGCGGGCGCAAGGCCAGUGAGACGUGCAGCGGCUGUAAUGCAGCACGCUACUGUGGGUCCUUCUGCCAGCACAAGGACUGGGAGAAACACCACCAUGUGUGCGGCCAGAGCCUGCAGGGCCCCGCAGCUGCAGUAGCUGACCCGCUGCCCGGACAGCCUGACGCCACUGCCAGCCCCAGUGAGGCCGGCUCAGCAGGGCCCUCUCGUCCCUGCUCCCCAGGCCCACCAGGCCCUCUGGACGCCGCUGUGCCCCGCUGACCCCCAGACCCCAACACCCAGCCCAUGGAUGCCAUGCCCUGACGACCUCCUGGCCCCACCCUGGCCUACCAGAUGCCUGGCCUGAAGCCGGCCAGGUGGAGCCACUGCUGCUACCGCUUCUGUCCAAAAGAAAACACAGAUUCAACAAAACUGCAUCCAUGCAACCCCCUCAGCUACCUGAUGAGGUCUCCCAGGACCUCCCACAACCUCUUCAACAUCCUCAGAAGUCAUCAUGGAGCUGCAGACAGUGGGCACCGGCAGGAAUGUGGCCAGCUCUGCCUGCUGUCUGUCCCCUCUCUGUGCCUGUCUAUGUCUCUAUAUCUCUCUCUUGAUCUCUCUGUCUUGCCCUGUGUCUCCGUUCUGUCUUUAUAAUGUCCCCAUGUUUUCUCCAUAAUCACAAAGUCAGUGGCUUUCAGUGGAGAAUGGGGGGGGGGGUGUUUUGUUGGCAAACAAGCUACUCAGCAAUGGACAAAGAAGACUGGGGUUCUGCCGUUUCCUACGAAAAAAGGAAGAAAAACUGUGAUUUUUGUAGCCACAGUUGCUGUGUCACCCAGCUAACCCCAGGGGGAUUGACGCACGCAGCAGAGAUGGUGAGAAUGAUUCAAAUCCAACUCGAGAAGCAUUUUUUUUUUUCAAUUUCAGGUUUUUUUUCUUUUUCUUUUUUCUUUAAUGUCAAACUCUUUGGCUUUAAGAAAAAAAAAAUCCAAAAAGUCAUUUUUAAAAGCAAAAGAAACAUACCUAUAAACUACCUUGCCAGCUAGCCAGCCAAGGAUGCCGGACACACCUCGCUCUCUCCAAAGGAAAUCCAAAAAGCAAAUGCAAGAAAUCAAAAUCCAAAAUUUUUUAUCACUGCCAAAGUAUUUUUUUCAGCCUCCAGCCUGGGUUAGGAUGUCAGUCUUUUAUUUUAGUUUUGAUUUUGUCAGGGGUGUUGGGAUAUUGGGAUUUGGUGGGUUGAGCCAAGAAGAAACUUUUUGUUCUUUGUCAACUAGUAGGCAGUGCCCUCGAUGGGCAGAGGGGUCAGCAGCAAGGCCAUGUGCCGCUCAGCGCUGCAUCGGGAAGCCCGAGUCAGCGUGAGCCUGAGUGUCGUGUGCCCCAGGGCCAUGUCUGUGUGUCCCCGUGUGCAGGAGAGACACCUCCUCAUCCCGUCUGUCCUCAUGCCUCUGUGACUUCUCAUACUUCAUUUUCCAACUUGUGAAAAAAGUGCUAAAGUGUUCUUCCCAGAGAGCACAAUUCCGAAACUAAACUGUGA